UCAUGAAUCAUAAGAGAGCAGGAAAAAGAAAGGGAUUCUAUGACCCCCCCCUUGUGAGGUUCUUGUGUGUUCUUGAGAAGUAGCAGAUUCGUGACCGAUUCAUUCAUCUCAACCCAGGAGGAGAAUCGUGGGUUGUCAGUACUAACCCCUGUUCCUGUCACUACGGACAAGGAGAGCCCUGCUCAGUUGACAGAGUGCCGGAAACCUCAGGCACCCAUGAAUCAUGAUGAUGGCAAUAUCAGGUUGUAGGCUAUAAAUAUACCGUAUAAUCUCUAGUUAACAUGCCUCUCCGUCGCAAGACUGUAUAUUGCGUAGCAGAGGGAAGCUCAAAGAUCACAGACUCUCUUGUUAAUUGUACAAAAACAAUACAACUACCCAUAUGAACCUGGUUUCAAUCCGACAUGGAAGAUAACUACUCAACCAUGAACAUGGAUUCUCCAUCCUCGCGUCAAAUUCCAAGAUGAGGGCAACGCGUGUCGCAGGUCUCCUCCCGGCCUACCCCGGUCGUGCUCUCCCUCCUCCUCGUCUCCCUCAAUAUCCCAACAAACUUCAACAAUCUACCACAUUUACUUCAAUUCCAUCUCCGAUGUUAACUUCACCAUCACAAAGUCGCCUGAAAAACGCCGCCCCGUUUACCAUGUGCAAAACUCCUACUUCACCUCAGGGACACCAGACAUGACUCUGCAUGCUGGCCCCGACCAGUCAGGACCCAUUCUGGGCUGCUGUAAAUUUGUCCUUUUUUCGACAUGCACGAAAAUUGGCCUGGGUAUCAGUGAGGAGGAUACGAUUUGGGAGGAUCUGGCGUGGGUGAGCAAGGAUCAUUCACGGUACAGAUACGAAAUUGAUUUGGAUAUGAACAUUGGCGACGGGGAUAUAGCCGGUCCCACAUCCUUAUCAGCGGCAAGGUCCGGUGCCCACCGCCGUGCGUUCCUCUGGAAGCCAACACACAGCGUUGGCGUUGAGGAGUCUAUGCCCUCGAAAUUCAGUCCUAGCAAUUAUAAGCUAAUCGACGAAGAGACGGGGGAAGUGGUUGCGGCGUUUGCGAAUAAUAGAUUUAAGAGCUGGAAGAAGAAGGGGAAAUUAGAAAUAUUGAAGAAGGACGGGUUGUUCGGAGAUGCGGGAAAGGGGUUUGAGUUGAUGGUGCUCAUGGGUGCCUCUGCAGUGAUGGAACGGGAACGGAGGAGAGGUAUGCAGUGGAGGUAUGAUCAGUUAUGAUCUUUCUUAGAGUAUUUCUUGAGCAGUGUUUAUCCGGGAUGCGGGAGCCUUUUGUUAAAUAUGACAACUUUGCAGGUAUAAGACAAAUCUUUUAUUCGUCCAACAUCAUAUUAGCAUGCACUCCGUAACAUUCAGCUAAUCAUAAUUUUGAUGAUUUCCGUUUAUAGUCUGGCUUUGGUUCAUUGUGGAGAAGGGAUAGAUAGCUACACUAAGCUACCAUAGUUAUUUUUACUAUUACUAUGUGUACAGAUGGGCACGCUGGGUAUAUAAUAAGUAUACAUCUGAAGGUACCGGAGAGUAGUGGAGAUUGCCGGGGCUUCGCUCGCUAGGGCGGGUUCUGCAAAACAAAAGGUACCAUACUGAAAAGGGAGAGAGAUAUUGGGAAUGGAAUAUAAGAAAACAGCCUUGAUAUAUACCGAAAAUUGUUGACAGGAGGAAUUGGCCAAGGAAUAAAAUGACAACCACUA